AUGGAAACUGCGGUGAUUGGGGUGGUGGCGGUGCUGUUUGUGGUCACUGUGGCCAUCACCUGCAUCCUCUGCUGCUUCAGCUAUGACCCAAAGACCCAGGAUCCUCAGGGAGGCCCUGGCCCCAGCUUCACGGUGGCUACAUUUCACCAGGAGGCAUCUCUCUUCACAGGGCCGGGCCGCCAUACCCAGCCGGCAGCUGGUGCCCGGGAAUUCUGGACCUUCAUGUGAGGCCUAACCAUCCCCCAGGAUUCACCCUGCUGGUGGUCCAGACUCACCCACCCCUCAGGAAGCCUUCCCUGGUGUCCCACUCCUCAAGUCCUGCAUCCCUCUUCUUCCCCUCCUGUAUCCUGGGAACUCCUUGUUGCAUCCCAGCUUGCUGCCCUCUAGCCCAAGAGGUGGGACCAGGUGGGAGUCAGCCAGUGGCAUCACUGGGGGGCUGCAGGGGGUGGGUGACAGCAAAAGGACUGUCUAUAAAAUUUUUGUGCAAUGUUUCAGCAGAAAUUUAUUAUUUUUCAUAAAAAAAUCCCCGUAGUUAGCUAUAAAACAAAAAUAUUUUUCAUAAGUCCAGCUUACAUGUGUCAAUAUACUUACAAGGUUAAAACUCUAUGCUAAGUUUUUGAACCUUCUAAUGCGAUCUGGUCAGAGCAGUCAUUACUACCCAAUUACAGUCUGAACAGGCUAAAACCAUGUGCUGUUGUCUUCCUGCUCCAGUGUCUUUUGUAGUUGCUGAUUUGGUCAAAUUUUCUGGUGUUUUACCUAUAAUAUUGUGAUAAUUAGUAUUUGCAAACCUACACCAAAACCUUCUUUGAGACUUAAGUAGUAAGGAGCAGUAAGAAGAAAAAUAAAAAAAGUAAGAAUUAAGUAGUAAGGAGAAAAAUUAAAAAAAGGCUUCCACUCAGUUACUAAUAAUGUUGUAAUUCAAUGUAGAAAGAUUUUACAAUUUUGU